AUGAAAUCCGAUGAAACCAUUAUCCAAAUAUAUGAUAGGUUCAUUGAGAUUAUUGGAGUGAUAAAAUCCCUUAGGAAGACAUUCACAAAUGAGGAAUUGGUGAAGAAAAUUCUUAGAUGUCUACCUAAGGAUUGGCUACCUAAGGUGACCUCUUUAAAGGAUGCUAAAGACUUAAAUAAGGUGUGCUUGAAAUUCUCAAAACUUGAAAGCAAAUGGUAUUUGGAUAAUAGAUGUUCAAGGAACAGGACCAUAAAUUCUAGUCACUUAAUCUCUUUUGAAGAGAAGGAUGCAACAGCAACUAAUUUGGAGCCUGUCGUCCGAUCUGCCACUGCACCAGCAAAAUCACCUACUGCCCCUGCUGCAGAAAUUUUUUCACCAGCAGACUCGCCUACUGCCGCAUCUGCCACUGCUGAAGUUGCACCAGAAACAGGAUUCCAGGGUACUGCAGAAAAUCCAGCAAUGGUAGAACCCCCUGUUGCACGUGAAGAAGCUGAAAUUCAAGCUGGGAACCUACCUGUCCAAGCACCACAGCCACGGGAGAGAACACUCCGAGAGCUGGCUAUGCCAGCUGAAGACCAAGCACCAUUAUGCAUAACUUAUCCCCAACUAACAGCACCUUUUGAAUUGAAAACAGGUCUGAUACAUCUCCUUCCCAAAUUUAGAGGCCUUGAAAAUGAGGAUCCUCACAAGCACUUGAAGGAAUUCCACAUUGUGUGCGCAACCAUGAGACCUCAAGGAAUUUCAGAAGACCAUGUCAAACUUAGAGCUUUUCCUUUCUCUCUUGAAGACUAUGCCAAGGAUUGGCUAUUUUACUUACCACCCGGUUCCAUCACAUCAUGGGCUGGGAUGGUAAGGGCAUUUUUGAGCAAAUUCUUUCCUACCUCAAAAGCCAUUGGCAUCCGUCGUGAAAUAAGUGGCAUAAGGCAAAAGCAUUCUGAAGGCCUAUAUGAGUACUGGGAGAGAUUCAAGAGGCUGUGCACAAGCUGCCCCCAGCAUGAUAUUUCUGACAAAUCCCUCAUCGAAUAUUUCUAUGGAGGAUUACUACCGGCAGAAAGGAAGUUUAUUGAUGCAGCUUGUAGAGGGUCAAUUGAAGACAAAUCACCUCGAGAGAUUAGGAAUUUAAUUUCCACCAUGGCAGCAGCAUCUCAACAGUUUGGAGACCAAGAGCAGCCACCAAGAAAGGUGAAUGAGACUGAGCUGUCCAGCAGCGAUCUGCCCAAAUCGCCCAAGAAGGCAGAAUUAGAUCUGCCCAAAUCAACAGACCUGGCAGAAUCCAGUCAGAGGCAGAAAAAGCAACCAGCAAAGAAAUUCAAGGUACCUCCUCCCUUUCCCAAAAGAUUUGCAAGAUCUCAAAAAGAAAAAGAGGAAAAAGAGAUACUUGAAACACUCCGUAAGGUGGAAAUCAACAUACCUCUACUUGAUGUUGUCAAGCAAAUACCAAGGUAUGCCAAAUUCCUUAAGGAGCUAUGCACCAAUAGAAGGAAACUUGUUGAACGUGAAAAAGUAAGUGUGGGGGAGUGUGUUUCAGCUGUGAUUCAAAGAAAGCUUCCAGUCAAAUGCAAGGAUAGAGGGAUGUUCGCAGUUUCAUGCAAAAUAGGCAAUGUGGGGAUAAGGAAGGCCAUGUGUGACCUUGGGGCUUCAAUCAAUGUCAUGCCCCUUUCCAUUUUUAACUUAUUGAAUGCAGGUACACUCAAGGGCACCAGCAUAGUAAUCCAAUUGGCCGACCGAUCUGUUGUCUACCCCAAAGGAGUGCUUGAAGAUGUGUUGGUACAAGUGGACCAACUAGUCUUCCCAGCAGACUUUUAUGUCAUUGACAUGGAGGAAGAUAAGAGCAACACCACCUCUGACAUCCUACUUGGGAGACCAUUCUUGAGUACAGCCAGAACAAAAAUGGAUGUGCAUGAUGGCACAUUAACCAUGGAGUUUGAAGGGGAAGUUAUCAAGUUUAAUGUUUAUAAUGCCAUGAAAUUCCCCAAUGAUGUUUCUCCCGUUUAUGGCCUUAAUAUUAUUGAUGAUUUAAGAAAGAAAAAGUGGACAACAACAGCACCGAGACAGUGGAAACAGCAGACUGCUGUGCCUUACUAG